CCGAAGCUGUGGCGCGCCAACCUUGCCCGCCCAACUCUCCGUCCACCACAAUGUCCAUCCCAUUUUCACUCUCCGAGGCGGGCUUCGAGGGAUCCAGGUCGCUCGUGAGCGGCCUGCACAACGUGGCCCUGCAGACCGACAAUGGCGGCAGGGCGCCGACCUCCUCCAGUGACGACUCUGACGGAGCAGACGUGGUGGAGCAGCGGCCUCAGUUCUCGCCCAGUGCCAUGGCGUACCCGUCCCCGCCGCACAUGCACGGCCCGAUAGUUGCCGUCAGCUGCUACACGUGCUUCGCGGACCUGGCCCACGGCCCUCGCGGCGUCGAGGCGCAACGGUCGUUCUGGACGUUCCGGCUCAACCUGAACGACGGCACUCUCACCCUCCUCUCAGCUGUGCCGAAGGGCUUUGCCCACAACCCGGCCUUCACUCGGUGCCACCCGAGCCUCAACGUCGUCUACUCGUGCACCGAGUCCGUCCGCCACGAAGGGCAGGUCCUCGCGCUGCAGCUCGACUCGCGGAGCGGCGAGUUGACCGAGCUCUGCCCGCCCGUCUCUGCUGGCGGCUGGUCCACCUGCUACCUCACCAUCCACAAGUCUGCCCGCCGGCUGCUCCUCGUAAACUACUGGGACUCGACCAUCUGCACGCUCGAGCUGCUCCCGAGCGGCAAGCUCGGCCGGCGGCUCUGCGUCUACGACCCGAAGGGAGGGCGCACGAUGAAGGCGAGCGCGGACCGGCACGUCAACCACUCGAUGAACGACGAGCGCGCGCAGGCGGAGCGGCAGAGCGACCCGCACUCGCACGCGAUUGUGCUCGAGCCGUCGGCGGGGACGAUCGCCUAUGUGCCUGACUUGGGCAUGGACGUGAUCCGCCAGUUCCACUUCGACGAGGAGACCGGCGUGGUGACUCCUUGCGGCGUGAUUCGUUCGGGCGUCAAGCGCGCCGGGCGAGGGCUCGGGCCGCGAUACCUGAUCUUCGCGAAGGCGUUGCCCACGUGCUACGUCGUCAACGAGCUCUCUUCGCAGGUCGGCGUCUUCACGUACGACGCAGGGGUGGCCGCCAGCAUUGAGAGCGCGUGGGCGGGCGCCGGAUCGGUCGAGGCCAAGCAGGCGGCGGUGUGCGCCGCAGCGGAGCCGACCCUCACCCUGGUGCAGACGGUGGCCACCAUCCCCGACGCCUUCCCCGUCGAGAUGAACACGUGCGGCCGCAUCACCAUCCACCCAUCGGGCGACUUCGUCGUCACCUCCAACCGAGGCCACGACUCGGUUUGCGUGCACCGCGUGCACCGCGACUCGACGCCGCCCGGCCUGCUCUCGCUCGCCGGCAUCUUCCACACGCGCGGCGAGACGCCGCGCCACUUCCAGUUCGACCCGUCGGGGCAGUGGCUGCUCGUCGCGAACCAAGACUCCAACACUUGCGCCGUCUUCGCCUUCAACACCGCCACCGGCUGCGUCACCUACACAGGCAACACGUACAAGGUGCCGUCGCCAAACUUUGUGAGCGUGAGAGCGUAGCGGCCACGGCGGAGCGAGGCCGAGGGGGGCGAUGUCUUCUGACGCCGCCCUCUCUCUGCCAACUCGCUGCUGCCACUUUUGUCGGAUCUCGCUGUAAGGGAUCGGGAAAGGAGGGUAACGAGGGUGUGCUGGGUAUUGGGAUGGCACGCGCGGCGUUGGCGCGGCUGCGGCCGCCCUGGCCUGAGUGCGUGGGAUGGGUGUGGUGGGCUACGUACUACGUUAACCC